ACUUUUUCUCGCAGUCGUAACGCGUGCGCCUGCCAAUUGCAUUUGGGUCUUCGUUCUCCCGUGUCAAGCAUUGCCGUUCUCGGUGUUCUAUUCGCAGUGAUAGCCGCUUCGUGACAGAAAUACGUUACUCAGUGCGUCACGCAAGCUUCGCGCCGGACACGUGUUUUUUGUUUGUUACAAAAGUGUUUACUAAUUGGACGAUGGGCAUCUUCAUGAGGAUACAAGGAAACGAGAUAGUGUACUUUAAGAUAAUUUCGCCAAAAUUGAAGGGCCGGCCUCGACGAAAGCGUAAAAAGCGCAGCGCUUCUCCUGGUGAAUCGAGCAACGAAAGUGAAGCGUCGGUGGCGUCGGUGGUCGCCUCGACGUCACGGAGCGCUUCGACGUCCUCUAGCCUCGUCCAAGCUCUCCGGCCACCCGCAUCCGGGGUACGUCGUAGCGAACGAAAAACUAGUGCAGAGGAGAAGAGGUUCCUGGCCGAGGUACAGACGUUCAUGAACACCCGGGGCACGCCGGUCGGCAAAAUGCCUUUAUUGGGAUACAGACAGAUUGAUCUGUUUCUAUUCUACACGAAAGUGCAGACCUUGGGUGGUUACGAUUCCGUUAGUGCCGGACGCCUAUGGAAAUCUAUAUACGAUGACAUUGGCGGCAACACCGGAUCCACCAGUGCUGCUACCAUCACGCGAAGGCAUUACGAACGGUUGUUGCUGCCUUAUGAAAGACAUCAGAAGGGAGAAGAAACAAAAGUGAGACCGACCCACGGUAGACGUACCAAAUCCAGCAGUAUGUCCGAGGACAAUGUAGAAGUAAAGCAGGAACCUGGGGCAUCGCAUUCCUCCCAGACACCACCGCCACCUCCGGGAACGCCAACUUCCACGGCGGUGUCGCCACCGCCAUUACAGUCCAUUCUCUCAUCGCCCUUCCUACCGGGAGAUAAACCCAGAGCGGAGAGUGGAAAGACGUCCUCGUUGCGUAGCGUAAGGGUGAAACCGGAACGCCUUAAAUCGCUGAACACGAUAAUAGCAAACAGUACAUCACCCGCAACGCAGAGUAGUCCGUUACCGAGUCCUCCUCCGUCGGUAAACACACCGACGUCAACGCCGUGCAGCACGCCGUCGACAACCCCGACGGGAGGUCAGAGCGUGUUGGAACGGCAACUUAACAGUCCGUUGAUGUCGCAACAAGUGGCCCCAGGAAGUCCUCCGCCGACUAGUCUGCCAGUAGUAACGACGGUACCAAACCCAAGUAACGCAUCGACCGUCGUUACGUUAACCCCACCACCGGAGAAGGACAUAAAGGAGAUGAAACUGGACCCGAAGCAGACGUCCCUGCUGGCUCAGGGUAAAGAGAACAUACCGCUCUUCGGUGAAAAGCCAAUAGUCCCACCCAGGUCGCCGGAAGUCAUCGACCUGGAGACCGAGAGCGAUACCAGCAGAGACAAGAUCAUCAUUCCCAGCUUCAAGAAGCGAAAACUCGAGAUUCUGCGCGAAGGCGGACUCGAGGUCACUGCCGUGGAACUGGACGCUAGACCGAGCGUCAUCCAGGCGACUGUAGCGCCGGUUUCCAUGGCGCCGACGCUUAACGCUAAAGCCGAAGAAAAGACUGCCUCGCCGUUUCCCACGCCUGUAACGACGAACUCCGUACCCAAACUCAUUUCCGUCACAGUUACGCCGGACAUCAGUCAUAUGCUACCGUCGCCACAUGAGAGUCCCAGUCCGAAUCGACUGCCAACGCCCACGAAGCAGCCCACAAUUAACAACAAUAGUCACGCUCAUCAAAAUAAUAAUAACACCUCGUUGAACAACAACAACAACAACGUGGCGAACAGUAGAGUCAUCAAUUUAGGGAGUUCGAAUAACGCGACGCUUCUGCAGCUCUAUGCCAAUGCGAAUGCCAAUGCAGUAUCGACGUCUCCAAGUAAUAGUAAUCAUCGGUUCGUUCCUCCGGGUUUACCUAAUGGCAGGAUAGUACCUCCAAAGGUAACACAGUCCAGGUCCAUCUUCGCACACAACGAGAGGACGGUCUACGGGAAUCCAAAGGACAUUUUGAUACCAACCAAGUAUCCUCACCAGCAUCCACAGCCACCCCCUCACCCACCAAGGAGCAAUAAUCAGAGCAGCGGGGUGUUAGACCUAACUCAAAGGUCAGGGGAGAAGCAAACCUUUUCCAGACCUAGUCUAGAGAUCGUAAGGGUGCCAAUAGUGCCCAGACCCAGUCCCUUAAAUUUAGAAAUGAAAAAUAACCUCAGAGACAAGCAACAGGAACCCCAAAAGAAGUCAUUCACACCUUAUCCAAAUAUGCUCGACAGUAGAACAAUGAUAUCCAAUAAUCUGGAGAUCACUCUAGUGAAUCCCAAGCAAAAGUCUCAUCCAGCUGGUGCACCACCUCACAUACCUCCGCAGCAGCAAAUGCCGGCAACCCCGACAACGCGAAACAACGUAAUGCCAACUCAGAGGAGACAACAAGCAAACGGGAAGUACCCACCAAGAAGCGAACCGGUCUCGCCGUACACACCAAGAAAACCAAAUCAUCCAGUAAUACCAAACGUGCCGAAUCUAAACCAGCUGAACAGUGUAGCCAAUGCGUCCUACGGCCGUGCGACCCAGCAACAAAUGGCCAUCGAGAGGAGGAAAGCCGAGGCAGCCAAGGAGCAUCGCAGAACGAGCGAAGGCGAUAGAUCAGCAAUGAUACCACAGCAGCAACAGCAGCAUCAUCAGCAACAGCACGAAGCUGCUAAUCACAGACAACCGUCGGACUCCUCGCGUCGACACAGCGUACCAAAUGUAUCCACUGGCUUGAUGCUGGCUCUGCCGCAAAAUCCUGCCUUCCUUUCGCAGCUGCCAAACCCAGCUGGAAAGUUCCUGCCGAUUUUUGAUCCCGUUUAUUAUCCAGCCUUCUAUAACGGUCUCCUUCCACCGCCAAUGGCGCCUGCGUCAACUCCAUUCCUCGUACCGGAACUCAGCACUUACUACAAGGAGUUACUAGCCUCCUCGCAACCAAGACUGGCGAUGACCGGACAGCAUCAACCUGCUGUCCCUACGUCCAAGUAGAGACGAUGAGGGAUCUCACAUUGGAUUCCUCAUGGCGGAAUCCAAUCUGGAUUCCCUAGGAGCGACAGUAUAAGAACCGUCAGGCUUCUCGUCGUAGAUAGGAAAGAAGAAUUAAUAAGUCCGUUUGAAUACGGAUUAUUAUAUAUGGAUUCGCUGUUACUUUACUCGACCGAUCGCCAUUUCUAUUUUAUCCGCUGUCGAUAUUGUUAUUUCAUUUUUAUUUUAUUUUUUGUUUCUAAUCCAAUGCGCAUGCGCGUGUUGUUAAAUCUUUGGUACGAUCGUGGCGGAGUCAAUGCAAUCGAUCCUGGGAUCCUGGAGAGUCAAAGUGUCGAAUGGCUUAAAUUUGCAUAUUUUUUCAAACCCUGUGAUAAAAGUUGUGGACGCGUCCAUGCAUGAAUAUAAAACGUAAUUUUCUUUAUGUUCGCAACAAACGGUAUACGUGAAAAACAUUGUUGAGAUUGCGCAAGAGAGUUAUGCGCGUGUCCGUAUGUGUGUCUUUUUAAAAGUAUGUUUGAGACAAAGGACGAUGUAUAGAUAUGGAGAGAAAGAAAAUGGUUGGCGUCGCCGCGACCCCUUCGAUUUAUUCGCACCUAGGAGAAAAGCGUCUGAGCGUCCUAAGUAUUAAAGGAAAUAAGAGUGAGAGGGAAGCGUAUUUAAGAGAAAAAAAAAGCAAAGACCGUACGGGCAACUUUUUUUUCUUAUUGUUUUUAUGAUGGUUUACAAUGUCGUGAAUUUUCGCCAUAGGCCACGGCGAUUAUUAACGAGACGCAAUAAAACAUGCGAUUUUUUAAUUAACGAGCGACGGACUUUUUUCUUUAAUUUAGCAUGUCUUCACUCCCAACACCCAUAUAAGUUUUCCAACGUGUGAUGUGAUAAAUGCGGAUUGCGAAGGGAUGGCCGACGGACCACCGGGUAUAUAAAUAAAUAAAUGUAUAUAUACGAAUAUAAAUAAUCUAUCUAGAAGAAGAAGAAGAAAAAAGGUUAAGAUUUAGGAUGACUCCUAAGCCAAUUCUGACCUGUCGAAUAAGUUAGCUAAUUUUCAUUAUUCAAUGAAACGAGGAAUAAGAAAACUGAAUCUGUAAUCAAUAGUCACGGCUCUUGGAUGUGCGCAACCUUAUGUAAUGGCAAACGAAAGCGCUACUGUAUAUAUUUGUACAUAGAACACGUAAAACAGUAAGUUAGCUAACUUCAGCAUUAUCUUGGAAUAAUUACUCUACGCGUUUAAGUUUAUUAUUAUAUAUCGAAAUAAAUGUACAGGAUGUCGUCGUAAUAAUGAUCGUGGAACGUGGGUACACGCGUGCCUUCUUCAUAGUCCCGUUCAUGUAAUUACAAUUAUCUAUUACAAAUUAAUGGAAAGAAGACACUAGUGAUUAUUUCUUGUUUUUUUUUUUUUUUUUUUAAUUAUUUUAUUAUUACUUCAACGCCCAAGGGACAUCGAUAUCUUCAUGCGCUCCGCGAGUCUUCGUCUUGAUUAAUAAUUUAUAUUUUUUUCCCUCCUUUUAUUUAUUUUUUUUUUUUUUUUUUUUUUUUUUUUUUAAUUAUUUUAUUAUUACUUCAACGCCCAAGGGACAUCGAUAUCUUCAUGCGCUCCGCGAGUCUUCGUCUUGAUUAAUAAUUUAUAUUUUUUUCCCUCCUUUUAUUUAUUGCACGUGCACGUUACUCGCGCUUUUCCACGUAUUCUCGCGACACUUGGUAUAUCCGUGUUAAAAAAGAAUAAAAUAAAAGAAAUCGUAGAAGCGUGACGACAUGCUCCUUUUAGGAUAUUUUGAUCGAAAUAAUUAAAAAAAAAAAAAGGGGGGGUACGAGCUAUAAAACGUAAUAUCUGUAAACAUAAAACGUACGCGGUAUGAGUACGGUCUGACCGGACCAUUCUAGCAAAUUUAAAAGAAAUAUAUCGAUGUCUUUCAAGAUGAAUAAAUUUAAACGAAAGAAACAAGAAACUAACCAGUAAACGCGGGAAAGGAUUGAAAUUUAAAUGGAAAUUAUUUAAAUAAUGAAAUAGGGUAUCUCCUCGCGAGACGUACGGCUGUAAUACGAUUGUUAUUAGCAAUGAUUGUUCCUGGCAUAAAUAGGUCAACGGCAACAAGAACAAAAAACAAUAAUUUGACAGUGAUUUUUAUUGUUAUGUUUUUAACAAUAGAAACCUAUCCUUUCUUAUCACUCGACCAUGAAACAACACACCUGACGUAGGAUAAUGCCAUGCGUUUUUAGUUUGUACGUUGUGCGUACACGGAGUGUAGUAUUCGAUGGGAAAUAUGGCAGGAAUUUAGUAAAAUUUCGAAAUCCUGGUGCUUUGUUAAGUGAUUCUCGACUACGUAGCCACCUAUGCUGUAUUCAGUGAGAUACGUAAAAUCGAACUAGAAAAAAAAGAAGGAAGAUGCGUCUCGAGCGAAAGUUGUGAGUGGUAUUCAAAAAUUACGAAGCGAGCUGGAGGGUGAGUGGAUUUGCGUAAUUUUUGUUUGAAAGGGAGAAAAAAUUAUAUUAUACAGAUCUCCAAAAUUUAAAAAAAACUGUUAUACCUUUUGGUCGCUGUACAUUAGUAACGAUUUGACUGCGAUUUUUUUUUUUUAAAUAAUAUAUUGAAAUUGGCGCCAGUCACCCUAAUCAGUUUUCACAUACGUACUGAUAACGCAGCAGUGUGUUUUAUUUUCGUUACUGCCACGUGGCGCGAAUGAUGACAGACAUUCAUUUCCUUUAAGACACGCAGCGACUAUGACGAAUGCUUGCAAAAUUAAAGGUUUCUUUUUUUUAUUUUUAUUUUCCCACAAGCAUCCGCCGACUCCUUUCCCAACCCUUCUUUGCGACAAGGCCCAAUUAAAAUGGGUCCCUAUUAGAGAUAUGUGCCAUAAAACUGCUUAGGUAGGACUUUGUAAGAUCACACGAGAUAGCACCUGUUCAAUACGAUGGAUCAAAUUAUUAUGGAAUAAGUCAUAUAUGGUA